AUGGACAAGGUAGCAGAACUCCAGCAGAAAGACGUCCCAGAGAUCUUGUUCCCCACUGUGGGCAUCUUCUUACCCCUCCUCGAGGCCAAGAGAGAGAAAAUCCAGGAAACGAGCAAAAGGACGUUCCAGUAUGGCGCAACAGAGAGACACAAGCUACAUCUACACCAUCAAAGAGCCCCCCUUCUAUUCUUCAGCUACGGCGGAGGCUUCGACACCGGCGCUCGCGCCCUCCCCCCACCCGCAGACCUCGUCUACGCCAACCUCGGAUCCUACUUCUCCUCCCAAGGCUUCAUAACCAUCAUCCCGGACUACCGCCUCGUCCCUGCCGUCCAGCACCCCGGAGCAGCCCAGGACGUCCGCGAUGCCAUGCAAUGGGCCAUCGACAACCCCGAGAACCUCGCUUUCGGCGGAGCCACGGAACCCGAUCUCGACGCGCUGUUUGUCAUGGGCCACUCUGCGGGAGCUAUGAACGUGUUCACGAUUCUUAUCAGCCCCGAGUUGUAUUCGGCCACUUUACAUCCUAGGAUUAAGGGCGCGGUGUUGUUCGCUGGGGCGUAUACGUUUGAGGAGAUGCCUGGGUUUAUGAGCGAUGCGGUGGAGCAGUACUAUGGGCCGGCUUCCGUGGAGGCUAACGGUGAUUCCGGGCUCGAGCACAAGGGAACACAUCAGAGGGAAAAGUUACCACUGGGCCUGUUGCAAGCGGCCACUGAGGAGAAGAUGACCUCCCUUCCUAAAUUACUGCUAGGCAUCGCCGAACGAGACCCUGACUCGCUGAUCAACGCUUCGAAGAAUUUCCAGUUGGCCUUGGAAGCCCGUGGUCUGACAUAUGACAAAUUCGUCGCUGCAGGGCAUAAUCACAUCAGCGUGAAUUUCGCGGUUGGCACGGGGCAAGGCGAGGAGUGGGCUGAGGACGUCGUGAAAUGGAUUAGAUCGGUGUGA